AUGCUCGACGACAACGAGGGACACAGCAUCGCGCAGCGUGCCGCUGCCUUGUUCCGGAAACAUGUCCUCCACCGCUUUACCGAGUUCUCCUUCAUCAACUGGCAUUACCUCUAUUUCAUCUUCACAUGUCUAGUGUCCAGUCUCAUUUUCUGGGGUUCGUCCACCCCAGCAAAGUCCGUGACCUACAUCGACAGUCUGUUCUUGUGCGUUUCAGCCAUGACAGAGGCUGGCUUGAACACGGUCAAUCUGUCGCAGCUGAACACCUGGCAACAAGUCAUGAUGUUCAUUCUCAUCAUAAUAGGCUCUGCCAUUUUCGUCUCAUCGUCCAUUCUCCAUAUAAGGAAACGAGCCUUUGAGAAGAAAUUUGUCGAACUCGCAGAACGUCGCAGCAGACGCCUCCUCCGCAAGGCCCGAACAUUGACCUUCUCAUUUUCAAGACGAGACAAUGUCCCUGCUAGCGAGCGAGAGGCCGCUGUAGCCUCUGGCGCCGUGCGUGGACGCCCCAUCCCUGAGUCUUCCAAGGAGGAUGAUCAGAAAACUUCGUCAAGGUCGCGAGAACGUCAAGAUGCCGCCGGAACGCAGGCGGGUUCACGUCGAAGUUCAGCAGCAAAUGGAGCCAUCUCUGCAAGGGACCGGAGCACUUCCAAUGGUCAACCUCCAAGCCACAUCAGAUUCAAACUCCAACACCCACCUAGUGAGCUCGCCGAGCCCCGGCCCCGGAAUAUCCGCCGCAAUCCAAGCUUCUUCGAGGGCAGAGGUGUUGGCGCUCGGAGACUCGAUAACCAUCCACGUCACUCCCAGCCGGUUGGAAUCCAUCCUCCAGUGCCAGAAUCAGCCAUUGAGGAUGACGACGACGAUCCACCUUCCAGUCCACUAGCAAACAAACUCAACAAAUAUCUCGAUACUCUCCAUGGAUAUCUCGGGAGGAACUCACAAUUUUAUCAUCUUAGCGAAGAAGAGAGGAAAAAGUUGGGAGGCAUUGAGUACGACGCGAUCUGUUUGCUUUCCUGGCUUGUGCCGACCUAUUUUGUGCUCUUCCAGCUGUUUGGUGCCAUUGGUGUCGGCGCUUGGAUCACGGCCAACCGUCCAAAUAUGGCGCGGGAAAAUGGCCUCGAUCCUUUCUGGACCGGAGCCUUUUUCGCCAUCAGCGCCUUCAACAACAGCGGCAUGGCCCUUUUGGAUGCCAACGCAGUCGCUUUGAACCGGAGUUAUUACUGCCUGCUGACGCUUAGUCUGCUCAUCCUGGCAGGAAAUACUCUGUUUCCACCUUUUCUGCGACUCAUCUUGUGGACAUUCAAAAAGCUGAUCCCAGAAGAUUCCUCGUCGCAAGCCUGGCAAAGGCGGAGACGCACCGUCCAAUUCUGCCUUGACCAUCCGCGAAGAGUUUACACGAACUUGUUCCCGAGCGCGGCAACGUGGUGGUUAUUUGCCUCGGUCGUCGUCCUGAAUACUGUUGACUGGGUUGCGUUCGAAUUACUCAAUAUUGGCAAUCAAGUGGUCGAUUCGCUGCCUACAGGAUUUCGGAUUGUUGCUGGAUUGUUCCAAGCCUUUGCGGUGAGGAGCGGCGGUUUCUAUGUGGUCCCUAUAUCUGGCUUGCGAUCCGGCUUGCUUGUUCUCUACGUUCUGAUGAUGUAUUUGAGCGCCUUCCCGGUGACGAUGACAAUCCGAAACACAAAUGUCUACGAAGAAAGGUCACUGGGCAUCUUUGCAGAUGAACUGCCCGUAUACCAAGAAAACGAGCGCGCUGCGCAAGAGGACAAGAAGACAGGGUUCAUGAGUGGCCUCAGGAAAACCCUCACGUUGACACAUGGUGGGCAACCCGCCAACGGCGCUGCCUGGGAUCGGCAAGAUUUCGUCAGACUGCAAUUGCGUUCGCAAUUGGGCCACGACUUAUGGUGGAUUGCCAUCGCCAUUUUCGCCAUUACUGCCAUCGAGACGGGCCAGUUUGAGCGUGAUCCUGUCAAUUUCUCGACAUUCAACAUCAUUUUCGAGGUGGUCAGUGCGUACGGUUGCGUGGGCAUCAGCGUGGGCGUGCCCUGGAACGACUACAGCUUCUCUGGCGCGUGGCACCUUGCGAGCAAACUAGUCCUCUGCGCAGUGAUGCUUCGAGGACGCCAUCGGGGACUUCCGGUGAGCAUCGACCGUGCUGUGCUCCUUCCAGAUGAGAGCCUUGCCUGGGCUGAGGAGGAGGACGCUCACAAGAGAACGUCGAGCUUUUAUGCCGGAGGCGCAAUGCUCUCGAGAGCGCAGACGUCUGCCAUGACUUCAAGAGACGCCUUGAACAGGCCUAGAUCGGUGGACUUCGGCGCGCCAGGACCAAGCGUCCCCACCGAGGACCGAGAACGAAGGAUCGAAGAGAUUGCUUGA